CCUGUAAUCUAAGAAAAAAAUAGUCUUUAUCAGCUGAUCCAGUUUCAUUUGCGGAUUUAGGUGGGGGAUAGACACGUGUGAACGUGCGUGUGUGGGAGGUGGUUGGGGUUCGAAAUCCUCUAUUCAAAGCAAAUUUUGUUUUAAGAAUAUUUUUCAGAGGAGCACGAAUCAAGCCCUCUAAAGCCUUCUCAAACCAGUCUAGACCCCGCACCCUCCCCCCAUAAUUUUCUCGCUCCAUUUAGCGGUGGAUCAAAAUAUAUCGGUCGGUCUGAGAUCGACCCCGUCUGUGAUUAUUGGGCUAUGUUUUAUUCCAGCCAGUGCAUCACGACUAGUAUAUUAAAGGUCGUGGUAUGUACUACCCGUCAUCAGAGGAAACCCGCUACAUUUUUCCUAAUGAAUCACGGGAUCUUUUAUAUGCACUUCCCACAAACAGGAAAGCACAUACCACGGCCUUUGUCCAGUUGUGGUACCUCAAGCGAGAUCUCAACCCAUAAAGUAACAAUAAUAAUAAUCAAUUAUAUAUUGUAAUAAUAUACCGAACCGCGUUAUAAACACAAGACACAUUGCACCAAUCAUUUCAUUUAAUAAACAAACUAAAAUCAAUUGCAUAUCAUAACUUGAUUAUCACUGUGUUGUCGCGUAAUGCUAAAAUCAGACUGUCAAUUGACAGCACAAAGUUGGCUAACUCCUCGACUCCCGACGGGUGCGCUCAGAUUAACAACUAAUGGGUUAUACGACGAGAAUCACGUUGUAAGAGCGCUCAGACUAGCAACUGGACAAUCGUAGAAGUCGUGAGAGCAGAACGUUGGCCAACUUUCUGUUGGCAGUUGGUAGUCUGACUCUAGCAUAAUUCUAGCGUAUUAGGUAUGGUCGCCACGUCACUGCAUUAAACGUCGGAUGGUGCCUUGUGGUAUGCCCUGUCAUUCGUGGAUGUAGGAGAAAAUAUCAACGGUCAAAAUGUCAGUGGAAAUAAUGUCAACAGUCAAGGAAAAUCCAAUAUGGCGGUCGGUGAGAAUGGCGGUGUGUAAACAGUGGGAAGAAAAUUUAUCCAUAUUGGUAAUUAAUUAGUUAUUAUACACUUUAAUUAUUGUUUACUAUCAGCUUGGAGUAUUCCGCAAGUGUGUACAAGUGUGUAAGUCUGUUGUGACGUUUUGUACUACGUAAAUACUUCGUUAAUAGCUACCGGGGCUAUUUCUUUUGUUUACAUUGUGUUGUGACCUUGGCGAGUAUUGCCAGAUACCUACCAGGUGUGAACACGUGUUACUUAGUAAUAUAUUUAUCCUGUUCUAACAAUGUCGUGCCACCGUGAGGUCGACAGGGUUAUCGCUAGCCUUGACAGGAGUUUAAAUUCUAUAGCAGUGCAGUUGGCUACCGAUAAAAUUAAUAUAUCCGGCACCUCCUCCCUCGAUAGGUCGUGGGGGGGGGGGGGGUCGGAAUUGCCUGAUGUGUCUCAUAUAGCCAGGGUGGACCGCAUGACGUGGGACCCCCUGGGGGACACAAAAGCAAACUGCCAAACUGUACCGCUUUCUUCCACACCGUUUAAGCGCGCCAGGCGUGACACCCCACUCCCUGAUGGUGGCCUCUCCUUCACGGUUGAAAAAUACCUGAGGGGGAUGCCUGCCCGGGGGGAGGGUUUUUGCACACGAGGAAUAAUGUAAGUCUCGCCCGUGAGCUUUCGUUUGACCGUGAGUUGGAAAUGAGCAGAAUAACCGACCCGGUCGAUGAUAACCGUUCUGCUCUCAGCCCGGCCCGGUCGGAAUUUUGCUAUGUGUCUAAUAGCUUAGGGGUGACAGAAGAGAAGUUGGAGAAUUUGUCAGAAAAUAAAGAUACAAAUGAUUCUGUGUUUGUUGUUGACAAGGGCGAGGUAAGUGCCCCAACCUCUGAUUCACCAACGCUCUCGGCCGAGCAGCCCACUAUACCGAGGUCCCCGACCCCACCUCCGGGACUCAUGGUAGAAGAACCAAGAAAGAGGAAGGUGCCUGCUGCUCGGCGAGGAGUGACAGCAGUGGUGGAAAAUAAACAAGAUGUACACGGGGAAAUUACACACUAGCUUAGUUGUGUCACCACUGACGUCACUAAUAAAAACUCAAGUGAAGUCUUUACGGGAUCAUAAUAUCAGUGCCCAUGGUAUAUAUGAACAUAUGGAAAGCGAAUCCGUUAAUGAUAUAAAGCAACGUAAAUCAACUGUGUUGUUUUCAUCUCCAGAGGCCAUAACAUCAAAAUACUUGAAGAACAUAGUGCAAGAGGUCUACGGGAAAAAACUGUGUGUAAUUGCAUACGACGAGGCGCAUUGCAUAUCAGAAUGGGGCUUGGAUUUUAGAGACGAUUAUAGAAAAGUGAAUGUUCAUCAGAGCAUCUUUGAAUGUCCAGCGUUGAUUUUAACAGCUACUGCAACAUCAGACAUAAAGGCUGACAUUGACACUGUCUUGGGAUUGACUGAUGCUAACGUGAUUUGCUCUUUACCAGACAGGCCUAACAUCAUGAUUUCUAAACUAAAAUCUACUGAGAAAUAUGACGAGGAACUCAAGUGGAUAAAAGAUGGCAUUUUGCAACAUGGUGUACUCAUGGCUACAUUCAACACUGAAUGAAAAUGCAUACACAGGCGAUGUACACAUUGAAAAUAGACUUGUUGAAAUGUAUCAUGCACAUACAGACACCUGCUCCAAAGAGCGUAUUAUGGAAAAGUUCAUCACGCCUGGUGGAUUUAUAAGAGUUCUGAUAGCCACUGUUGCUGUGGGUAUGGGCAUUGACAUUCCAGACAUAUCGAUAGUUGUGAUAUGGGGUCUACCAUCUACUUUAUUGCAACUUUGGCAACAAGCAGGUAGGUGUGGAAGAGAUGGAAGAAAGUCUUUCAUGAUAUGUUAUGGGUAUUCAAGAAGCACCAUACAACCAUGCCAAACAUGUAAAAAAAAGUAGCAAAAGAACAUGCACCUGUCCUACUAAAGUGUUUUUGCGAGACCUUGUAUCCACACCAACUUGCCAACGAGUUUACUGUCUGAAGUACUUUGCUUUAUCUCCGGAUAAUGAAACGGAAAUUAAAUGUCUAGGAAACAAGUUUGCUUGUGACAACAUGUGUGCUCAAAGCUGUCAAUGUUUAGGUUGUUUGUGCUGUUACGCCUGUUGCUUGAAAUGCACAUGUCCUAGCAAAAACAGUACACUACUAGCCAUCAUAGCAUUUGACUUGAAACAGGCACAGUAAUGAUUCCAUGGCAGUUAACUGGAUUAAUGCUUGAUAUGUCACAUGUUUGUACAGAACUGAUUACAGAUCAUUACACUGUUUCAAUAGUUCACUGUUUCAUUUCAAUAUUUCACUGUUUCAUUUCAUUAUUGAUUUUUUAUGUUGCUUAUCAUCAGUUUGUCACAAAAAACUAAUUAUCUAUUUUCAUCUCUCUUGUUUUAGCCAACGUUUCCAUGUGUUUGUCCAUUCUUUGCCUGAAUUUUUUUUUUUUAUGCCCCCUUCUAUGUAGAAAUUUUCAAAUCCCUUGAAAAAUCUCCCAGUCUUUACUUGGAAACGUUCCAUAUGGUACAGCAUUCCAACUAUCCUCAAAACAUCUGGCGUCCUGUCAGCCUUUCCAUGUUUUCUCAUGGGAGUUGGUCUGCUGACAACCUUCUCAUCAAAACAUCUGGUGUCCUGUCAACCUUUCCAUGUUUUCUCAUGGGAGUUGGUCUGCUGACAACCUUCUCAUCAAAUACUUUUUCAAGUAUUUUGUCUAUUCCAAGCAUUUGACUGUGCCUACCCACAGUUUUCUCUGUUAGCUGACCACCAGCCUUUCUACUAUUUCCUCUGUAUUCAUUGUUUAAAUGCUCGCAAUGGAGAUCCUUUGGCACGUUUUUUUGUUUACCUCCAUGCACAUUCACUGUUCUUUCCCACAGAAGAGCGUGUCUCAUUCUUUCAGAAGUAGCUCCUGCUAUAUUGGCAAGCAACCUGUGACCAAAUAUGAAAUAUUUGGGGUGAUGUUUGUUAUAGAAAUCAACCAUAUCAAACGUCCAGUGCAUUAUCAUUCUUGGUCCAUCAUUUUCAAUAACUGCAUCAUGCCUUGCAAUAUCUUUUAAUCCUCGCCAAAGCAACCUCUUUACAUACAGAUUUUGUAUGUCGAUUAAUUUGUUCAUAGUUUUCCUUGUUUUCUUCGUUUUGUUUGUGUUAGUGUAUGUUUUACACUCUUCUGAACAAAACCAAUCCCCUUCAGGAACAUCGGCUUCGUCCAUUUCUAAGCAUUCCAAAUGGAACCAUGAUCCAACUGUACAGGUUGUUACAAUAGACCAUUGUUCCACCUACGUCUAACUAACAAAUACAGUACAUCCCAGUUUCUGAAUUUUUGUGUUGAAUAAAACACUGAGUCAAUGAUCCUAUCAGCAACAUCGUCCAUGUAAAGCUCGCUUUCGUAUUUGGAGUUUGGUAAGCAAAGUGGUACAGAUGAAAUGUUGUCCAUUUCUGUAAGCGACAUAAAGUUCAAAAGUGUCAGUCCUUCUGUUGAGAAGUUCUUCAGCUUUAUUGAAACAUUCCAUAAUGUUUUUUGAUACACCUGUGUGAUCAAAGACCUGUUUCAAAUUAUAUAAUGUUCCUUCCUCUCUGUGGCUUUCAAAUUUAAAUAGCUCAUCAUAGGUAUUCUAAAAUGAAAAUGAUUUGAAAUACUGAUUACUUAUUCAUACAUUGAAAGUAACAUUACCACGUUGAUAUGUAAUGAUUUGAGAUAUCUGUAUGAUUCUUAGCUGUAACA